GCCGCCGCCUCUUGCCCGCUUCCCCUCGCCUCGGGGGAAAGGUCAGCAGCGUCCUGGAGCCGCCGUGCCCCUCCCCGACAGCCAUGAACUGCAGCGAGAGCCAGCGGCUGCGCACCCUCCUCAGCCGCCUGCUGCUCGAGCUGCACCACCGGGGCAACGCCAGCGGUCUGGGCGCCGGCCCCGGCCCGAGCAUGGGCAUGGGGGUCGUGCCCGACCCGUUCGUAGGCCGCGAGGCGACCAGCGCCAAGGGCGACGACGCCUAUCUCUACAUCCUGCUCAUCAUGAUCUUCUACGCCUGCUUGGCCGGAGGCCUCAUCCUGGCCUACACCCGCUCCCGCAAGCUCGUCGAGGCCAAGGACGAGCCGUCCCAGGCCUGCGCGGCGCACGAGUGGGCCGCCGCCGACGCCGAGACUGCAGCCGGCUCGCCGGCCGCCGGCCGCCGCCAGCUCGCCCCCGAGGCGCCUACCACCCCGGCCACGGGCACGGAGGGGGUCUAGACCCGCCGCCCCGCUUGCCCCUCGCGCGCGCGCCCUCUUCAGCUGCCGCGUCCACCUCGGGCGCGGCGCCCGCCUGCUCCUUUCCUUCCCUUCCAGGCGCCGCCUCACCCGAGGCCCAGACAAGGAAAGGCCCGCAGACCUUGUCUGACAGGCUCUGGAAGAAGCACCCCCUUACCCAGCCCAGCCAGACAGCCCUGACAGCACGCUCCAGCCCUCUGGGAAACUGAAUCCACAACGUCCAACACCUGGCAUUGAAGGGAAGCCAUGAAGUCCAUCAGAACUCUGGUCCGUCUAACGGGCAGCUGCUCCAGGGCCUGCCAGGGACUGCUCGCUCUGCAGAGCCAGCGGGCUUGCCAUCGCUGCCAGGCAGGCCACAGCAGCUCCAGCUUCUUGUUGCCUUAGGGACCAAGACAAAGAAAAUCAAGAGACCUCAGACAUCUUUCUCCUCCCUCCCUCUUGCCGCAGGGAGCUCGCAGGACACUAGGACCGGUCUGUGGGCUAGAAUGGACUGAAUGGGGACUGAAGGGGGAGGGAAGCUCAAGGGCAGGGGAAGGCUUAUGACCCCAACUGUAUGGCUUUCUUGCAUCCAGUUCUCAUCCCAAAGGUAACUUGCCCGAUUUUGAGCAGCUCUGCCGUCUUCUGAUGUGGGUAACCAUGGCUGGGUGUAUCCCCUCCGUACCUGCAAAUGCCCCCCCCC